ACAGCUCAAAAGCAAAGCCAGGUCAACUCAGGCUUCUUAGAGACACCCAACAUCCAUUUACCAUUUCCAUUUCACCUUCUAUUGUUUUUCUUGUUUAUAGCAUAGCUUAGAACAUUCACACGAACUUGUACAAAAUUCACUAUCUCUUUUUCUUUUUUAAAUCCUUUCACACCAUUUUUUCGUAAUUCUACUUCCUUUGUGUUUUUUUUUUUUUUUUUUCUUUUUUGAAGUAGAGCUCUGAAUUCGAGAAUCCUUACUCAAUUCUAUUACUUUCCCAUAUUGAUAAUUUGUUCUAAAAGAAAAUUUCCCUUUCAAGAUUGAAUUUUUAUGGGUAAAGGAGGUGGGUGUGUACCAAGUAAGAAAAAGUUACCAGAUGAUCAAGAUCAUCCAAACCCAGAUAGGGAUGGUCCUAAUCUUGUUCAAGAGCAACUUCCAGCAACAAACACAACAACCCCACUUCAAAACAACGACAUACAAGCAAUCAAGAAGCUGAAAAUUUUCAUUGUUUUUUACUCAAUGUAUGGCCAUGUAGAGUUGUUGGCGAGAAGGAUAAAGAAAGGAGUUGACUCCAUAGAUGGAGUUGAAGGGGUUUUGUAUAGAGUCCCUGAGACUUUGCCAGUGGAGAUUUUGGAGCAGAUGAGAGUACCUCAGAAGGGUGAUGAUUUGCCUGUGAUUAGUGUUGAUGAGUUGAUUCUGGCUGAUGGGUUGUUGUUUGGGUUCCCAACUAGGUUUGGCUCGAUGGCGGCUCAAAUGAAGACCUUUUUUGACUCUACAUUUCCGUUGUGGGAGAAUCAACGACUUUCAGGCGUGCCUGCUGGCUUCUUUGUGAGUACUGGAACUCAGGGUGGUGGACAAGAAACUACUGCCUGGACAGCAAUCACUCAGUUAGCCCACCACGGGAUGCUCUAUGUUCCCAUCGGUUACACCUUUGGUGCUGGAAUGUUCAAAAUGGACUCACUAAGAGGAGGGUCUCCAUAUGGUGCAGGAGUUUUUUCUGGUGAUGGCUCAAGAGAACCAAGUGAAACAGAGUUGGCUUUAGCUGAGCAUCAGGGAAAGUACAUGGCAGCAAUUGUCAAGAGGUUUGGCCAUCCUAGUGACAGCCUCAAGUAGCCCUUCCAAGUCCACAUUUAUGUUCCAUCUCACCAUUGUUCUUUGUUGAUUGCACAUACACAUGUUCAGUUUGUUCCGCCACGAUCAUCUUCUGUUAUCGUCUGUUAAUAGAUUUUAGAUAGUUGAGGGAGAGCCUAGCAUUUUUCAGUUUGUACCUUCUAAUAUAAAUGUAAUUCCCAUUUUGAGUUGCUUAUGAA